AGGGUUAAAACUGAUUAGGACAGCCAUCCCCACAGACUGAAGGAAUCUACCCAAGUACUAGAGAAUUUAAUUGGAAACUGUUACUCAGUCCAUACAGCUGCUCAGAGGGAGUGUUGGGCUGGGAGUCAGAAACUACACUUCUACAAUGCUUUAAAGGAUAACACAAAGAAAUCCUUCUAAAUUGGCCAAUACUUGCUGGACUUUAGUGGAAAGUGAAAAGUUUUUCUUUUGAAGAGCUAUACCUGAAAAAUGAAGAAGGAUUGGAAGAAAUCCACCUUCUCUACUGCCAUUCUUCUUACAGCGAUUCUACAGUUCUGCACAGGGGCACGUAGACCAGUCAUUUCACCUGAGGAUUCUGAGCAUGUUCUGGACCUUUCCUCUACCUUCACCCUCACCUGCUCUGGAUCUGACAAGGUUGUGUGGAAAUACAGGCAGGAUGCCAGUGUGACUGAAGUGCAGGGCGAGUUAUCUAGCAACCUCACUCUGCACAGGGUAUCGGGGAGACACACUGGGCUGUACACCUGCCAGCACAAGAGUGCAGAAGAACAAGAGAAAAGCACAUACAUUUUUGUGCCAGAUCCAGACAUGUGGUUCUUACCACUGGAGCAUGGCGAAUCAGUGGUGAUGAAAACGAACGCCAAAGCCACCUUUCCCUGCUUUGUCACCAACCCCGCUUUUAAUGUCACCCUUCAUGAUAAGUCACAUGACCUGCCUGUUCCUGGAUCGUACAAGCCACAGGAAGGCUUUACAGGGAAAGUCGAAGACAAGUCCUAUUACUGCAGGGCAACCUUCAAUGGAACCCAGAGAGAGUCAGAGCAGUUUUAUGUUUACAGCAUAAUAGUUCCAGAGGCGAUUGAAGCCAUUAUCAACGCCACACAGGCGGUACUGAAGCAAGGAGAGCCUCUUAUGGUUAACUGUUCCAUUCAUGGCUCGGAGCUUGCUUAUUUCAGUUGGGAUUACCCACGCAAAGCUGCAGGCAAAACUAUUGAGCAAAUAACAGAUGUGACAGCUGGCCUGGAGUGGAGCCUGCGGUCUAUCCUGAACAUUUCCAACGCCACUCUGGAAGAUUCAGGCCUGUAUUACUGCAACGUCACAGAGAAUGUCGGGGAGCAGGAGGCUUAUGAUCAUAUCAAGAUCACAGUUCUUGAGAAGGGGUUUGUCAGGCUAAGCUCUGACCUCAACAGGAAUCUGUCUGUCAAACUCCACGAGAGCUUCGAUGUCAGUGUGGUGAUAGAGGCCUACCCGAAGCCUUCAGUGCACUGGCUGAAGGACAAUAGCAUAGUAAUGGAGAGUAGCGACGAAGUUUCCAUGGAAACCACAGAGGAAGAAGAGACCAGGUACCUCAGCACGUUGACACUGGUUCGAAUUAAAACAGAACAGAGCGGUUUUUACACAAUCAGAGUCUCUAAUGAAGAUGAGAUCCAGGAGUUGACCUUCGAUCUUAAUGUCAAUGUGCCUCCCAGGAUUGUGGAGCUUUCAGACCACCACCCCUCCGACAAGGGCCAGGCUGUGGUCUGUGUGGCCGAGGGGGCUCCCUCCCCUGAAAUAGAGUGGUUCAGCUGCAGCCAGAUGAAAAAAUGCAGCAACAGAACUGUUCUCUGGAACCCUCUAGCCACAGACCCUGAUAAUAUCAGCAUUCAGACCAAUGUGAGCUUCAAUGAGAGUCGGAAAGUUUAUCUGGCACGGAGCGUUAUCGUCUUUCAGAAUGUGCCGACGAUGCUUUCCAUCCGCUGUGAAGCCAGGAACAAGCUUGGGAGAAAAACACAAGACGUCAAACUGGUUUCACACUUGUUAAACUCCCAGGUGGCAAUAACAGCCGCCAUCGUAGCCUUGCUGGUUAUUGCUGUAAUUGCAGUUGUUGUGCUCAUCAUACUGUGGAGAAAGAAACCUCGCUAUGAGAUCCGUUGGAAGGUGAUCGAGUCAGUCAGCUCUGACGGUCAUGAGUACAUUUACGUGGACCCCAUGCACCUGCCCUACGACUCCAGCUGGGAAUUCCCAAGAGACUGCUUGGUGUUGGGUCGGACUUUGGGUUCAGGAGCCUUUGGACGGGUUGUGGAAGCAUCCGCUCAUGGCCUCAGUCAUUCCCAGUCAACCACUAAAGUGGCUGUGAAAAUGCUCAAAUCCACAGCUAAGAGGAGCGAGACUCAGGCUCUGAUGUCAGAGUUGAAGAUCAUGAGCCAUUUGGGACCUCAUCUUAACAUUGUUAACCUGCUGGGAGCCUGCACUAAACGAGGUCCUAUCUUUCUUAUAACGGAGUAUUGUCGCCAUGGAGACCUGGUAGACUACCUCCACAGAAACAAGCACACCUUUCUGCAGUACUACGCUGAUAAAACCAGGAGAGACAGCGAUAUGUGUGGAAACACCACCUCUGAAGGCCAGGGGAAAAGUUACGUGACGCUGUUCAGUGAGAGUGACGGUGGAUACAUGGACAUGAGCAAGGAUGACACCACUGAAUAUGUUCCCAUGCUGGAACUGUCAGACAACAUCAAGUAUGCAGAUAUUGAGCCAUCCGUGUAUGAAACACCAUACCAACAGGACAAUUACCAAGGGCAAGCUCCAGAGAGAGUUGACAAUGCCCUGGUGAUUAACGAGUCUCCAAUUCUGAGCUACACAGACCUGGUGGGAUUCAGUUACCAGGUGGCUAAAGGAAUGGAGUUCCUGGCUUCCAAAAACUGUGUACAUCGUGACCUAGCAGCGAGAAACGUCUUGAUUUGUGAAGGAAAGCUGGUGAAGAUCUGUGACUUCGGGCUCGCACGAGACAUCAUGCACGAUUCUAACUACAUCUCCAAAGGCAGCACAUUCCUGCCCCUGAAAUGGAUGGCACCAGAGAGUAUCUUCCACAACCUGUACACGACACUGAGUGACUCCUGGUCUUUUGGCAUUCUGCUGUGGGAGAUCUUCACUAUGGGUGGGACUCCUUACCCAGACCUCCCCAUGAAUGAAUUGUUCUACAACGCUCUCAAGACAGGGUACAGGAUGUCAAAGCCUGCCCACGCCUCUGAUGAAAUUUAUGAGAUUAUGCAGAAAUGCUGGAAUGAAAAGUAUGAGAAAAGGCCAGAGUUUAGUGAGCUGGUUCAUGCAGUUGGAAACUUGCUUGCUGACAGCUACACAAAGAGAUAUAACCAGGUGAAUGAGGAAUUCUUUAAAAGUGACCACCCUGCAAUUGUACGCACAAAGCCAAGAAUGUCAGGGAACAUUGCUGCAGAGGUGAGGCAGGAUACUGACAAUGAACCAAGCCCUCAUAAUGAAUACAUCAUCCCCAUACCAGACCCCAGACCAGAGGAAGAGGAAGAAAUCAACGAUAUGAAUACUGAGAAAAAAACAAGCUUGCAAGCAACUGAAGAACAGGAUUCAGGUACUGAUUCCAUGGAGAUGCCACAUGCAGAGCCAGAGGAAUCAGGCCCAGGUUCAGGCCCAAAGCUAGAUCAAUCUGAGCCAGAAGUGGAGGACAGCUUCCUGUGACCUGGCUGUGGUUCUUCAGGGACACUUGAGUAAACCCUGACCAAAGAAAAGUCAACAUGGCUAUGACAGGUUCACAGCCCGUGUGAUUUAAGGUGGGAGUGCGGAGCCAGUAUGGACUUGAGCUUGAAGCUGACAACCUGGUUUCAAAACUCUUACCUCAUGUUUUUAUUCUUUAGCAAGCAGGGUCACCACAAGAAGGGACACAUCUGCUGUACUUCAUUUAGUAGCCUCAUAAAAUAUAUCCUAUUAUAUCCAGUAAUUACUAUAUAAACACUACAAUCUACACGGUGGCAAUGUUUUGUGGAGAAAGAGCCUACUGGUACUGUAGAAUCUGGUGGUGCUUCUGGUGUUUUUCAUUGACUGCCUUAUUUCAUUGACUGCCUUAAGGUAGCCCAUUCCAUACCCUGUCCACUCUGUGGAGAGAUCAGGUUUGGAAGGAUCAGGUUUAUCUUAUUUUAGGGCUACAGUAUUAAGAUCCACUGUUGAUCAGUAAACAGACCCCAGUGAUAAUCAAGGCUUCACAAUCAAUUCUCUUACUUUAUUAUCAUUAGCAAUUAGAACUGGUGCCCUUUGUACCAGCUAAGCAGUGAACACCAAACCAAAGGGAAGUUUUGGACGAUUAGAUGUAUUUACAAUGACAUGUUCCUGUGAACAGGCUGGCUGUAGGGUGACAGGCCAGAAAGAAUCACACAAGCAGGCAGUACUGGGGUUGAAACUGAGACCAAAAUGAAUAAACGAAUAAAACAAUAAUCAGACAGUGGACGAACAGACAAACAAACACGGUAAAUCAAAGCAACUUAUAUUUACUUUUUCCUUCGUUUAGUUUUUUUAAUUCUCUCCUCUCCACACCCGUUUUCCACUCACAGAACACACAACCCCGAGUGAGUGAAAGGUGCAUCUAUAUAUACUGUUGUGCCGGGACUCAAUUACUAAUUAAUUAUUCACUUGAAUCCCAGCACGUGAAAUAAUUUGUGCAACCCCGUGUGCACAUACUAUUAAAUACUUUAAAUGCAUGUGAAGUACAAUCCCCAUGCCUAAAUACAACUAUAUAUUUUAAAUCACUCGUGCUACACAGACCCAUUUAUAUCCCAUGCACCAAUAUCUAUACACCAACAUUAACACACCACACACAACAUAUAACACACAAAUGCACACAGGGGCGGGGCACAUUGCCACAGUUCCCCACAAAUAAACAACCUCAGAAAUAGUUUCUACAAAGCACAUAUACUGCUUGUCAGGACGAAUGUGUCUGUACAUUUGUUCAGCAGUAUUUUGUAUUGGGUUUUGAACAUUGUGGAAGUUAGUGAUGCUGGCUUGUCAUUGUAAUAUGUGUUCAAAAGGAUUCCCACUAAUUAAAGUAAGACUGAUGCUCAUAGCACUCAAUAUCACUGGCCCGGCUAGCUGAGGGUUUUGUUUCCAGGUUUGUUUGUGUUUUUUCUCAAAGCUUUUCAAAUACAAACGAACUGCACUUUAAAUCACACCAAAGUAUUAUUCUUAAUAACAAAUAUGAAUCUUGUGCAAUAAAUUAAAUACAUUCCUUUUCAUUGUAUAGUUAGAUGGUACGAUUGUGGUUCAACAGUAUGUUGUAUAAAAUAGAUAUGACUUAUGGUACCUGAAAUAUGCAAACUUGAGGGUACUAAAUGAACAAAAAAAAAAGUAUAUGUAUUUAAGGAUAUUGGAUUUAGACUUCAUCCCCCACAUUGGGAAAUAAAAUGAAAUGUUUUGCAUCAUCCUAUAGAAAUCACCAAUUUAGCUUCAUAAAGUGGAAUGAAACCUCCUGAAUAAUGUUAUGUUAACAUAUUGUUGCAUACCGCUUUGUAGUUUUCCAUAUACUUAACAAAAAACUGACAAAAAUUGAAAAAUAUGACCUUUCAGAAUCUAACAUGAAAUACUGUACCACUAUUAUGGCCUCCGGUAGACUUUUGUGAUAUCAUUUUGUAGUUUCUUUGAUUACAUGAUGUUAGAUAAAAUAUCUAAAUGAUGUUCACACACACAUAUACCGGGGUGUGUGUGUGUGUGUGUGUGUGUGUGUGUGUGUGUGUGUGUGUGUCUAUAUAUAUGUCUCAAUCCUAAAAUUGUAGGUGAUGCAAAACCUUUGGCCAUAGCUGUAGUUGAAAAAAACAAUAUUGCAGUUAUGAACUAUCAUUUGGCAGUUAGAUUUGAGUUGCUUGUUUUUUUUUUUUCAAAACCUAGCCUACUGUUAUAUUCUAUAGGCUGUUCAACAAAAACUGAGCCGCACAUGUGCUCUGACGUGGGUAGAUCCUGCAACUGUCCCUCUUGAGUAGCUAUGCAUAAGAAAAGGGCUUUCCACUACUUACAAUUGUUCCUAAUGUUGUUAUGUGUUGUAGGAUUUUUUAAAAGGGAAAUGUUUGCAUUGUACAAUGUUAUAUCACUGCCAGAUGUUCUUGAAUUGCCAAGAUUCACUCAUCUUGUUCAUUUAGUAUAUAAGAGUAUAUCCUAGAGCAGUGCCCGCACACCAGAUUGAGAUUUUAUUAAGCUGUAUUACAUUUACUUUUAGAUACACUAGUUUAUUUUAUAUAAGAAGGGAAUACUUUUUUAUGAAAUCCAAGCCUUAUAUGAACCAGAAAAAUCACAAAAUCUGGACUUCAUGAUACCAUUCAUAUUAUCAAACAUGUAAAGUAUAGUAUAUCUGAAAUAUAUCUAAAUAUAAAAAAACAUUACAUUUUGUAGCAAUGUUGCACUUUUAUUCUUUUCCAGCACUAUGGAAAGUAAGCAUUUUUUUAAAAUUUAGAUUAUGAAUAUUGUUUUGCUUGUUUGUUUGAUUUUUAUAAUAUAUAUAUACUGCAGUAUGUGACUGUAUUUAGUCAUAUGUUUAAUAGACUGUACGGCUCAGUAAAAAUAUUAAAGCACUGUCCUUAGUAUUUUCAUAAUGUGGUAUUGGCAAAAUGUUUUUUUAGAUAGGAUACUGUUAAGAGCAAAUUAUCAGGCCAACAUUAUUUAAACAUUCUGGACCAAGUUGUUAUACAUCUCUGAAGGUAUAUCUCUAAAUUCCUACAUACAAGAUAUUUAUUUCUUGAAACUCCUUUCACAUUACCACGUAUCCUCCAGUCCUCCAAUUACGUUUUACAAGAACCAAACUACUAAAUUUUAAAAUUCAAGAUACCUUCAUUGUUUUUCAGUUUAUUACCUUUAACGUCGGUAUUUCUCCAUCCAAAAAAUAGGAGUUAAUUCACUGGAGUAAGCACAUAGUAAAUAUUGCCCUUUUGAUUUUAGAAAUAGCGGGUGCAAAUUUAGUGCUAGGGUACUGGGCUGUUCAGGGUUAAGACAUACAGUAUACAUGUGAGGGGAAGUUUCUCUCAAAAUGUCUAGUGACUGAAAGGCAGGUAGCCAAUGACUCUGUUGUACAGUAUUCAGAACUGAUCACCACAGCUCAGUGUAUCUCUGUGCUUGAAAGGUAAACUGAUUGCUCAGACAGGGCAGUGGCAUCCAUCAGUGACUCACGUGGCUGUGUCGCCACAGGGAUGAAAAAUAUACUGCCAGUCAGGAAUCUUAGAUUCUCUCUGCAUUGUUAGACAAACAAUACAUGCAUACAAGUGUUAGCCUUUUCUAUUCUGUUAAACGUUACAUGCAGUUGCUGUGUAUAUUUCCAUGUAUACUUCUAUCCAAGUUGUUUUUACAGUAUUAUAAAUCAUUCUGGGUAUUUUACAGAGCUUGUGAAUCGGUUACAAGCUGUCGAUUGAUUCAAAUGGUCCGGGAUCAUCCAAGCUUCCAGCAUCUACACAUAAAUCUAAUCCCGACCGUCAAUCACAACUUUAGGCUAGAUUUGGCAUUAGAUUGCAAAUUCGUUAUUUAGGAUUGGAAUAUCAUUGGGUCACACUUUAUUUUAAGUGGCACUUUUUACGUUUGUUAACAGUUGACAACUAACUUACUAACGGGUUGUUCAUGUUGCGUUAAUUGUUAAUAUAUAUGAACCUAUUAAUAAACGAAUAAACAUUUCAAUGAUAUAAUCGACUUGGAGUUGUAGCAGUAUCUGAUGCUUGCUGAAAGUUUUAGCUGUCUUUUAAUUAGUUCAUAAAUAGGUUACUGUAUAUUAACUAUCAGAAACUUCUAUUUGCUCAUUAAAUAAAGCCUGCCAGUAAAAACUGUACAACAGAUGCUAUUCAGUGUGGAUAUUCCCUUUAGUACGACUCGACAGCCUGCAGACACAGCACACAGUGCAGACUAAUAAUCUAGAAUACCAUGAUUGUACACUCUGUGGUACCAAAGAUUUGGAAACAUGUAUUUUAAAAUGUUGUAAAACAUAACGUUUUUGUAUAUGCUCUGUAUAACAUAAAGUACAUUACAAAUAAAGUUUUUUUUCAAACCUA